AUGUCUCCUCCAGUGCCCCUUCCCAGCAACAUCUCUAAUUGGCGGCAACUGAUGCCUUUAGCACGCAAGCUAUCACAAGUGCCGGAGGCCUUGGGAGUAGUUCCCGAAGAUACCCCUUUGGUCGCUGUUCUGGGUGUGGGAUUUGUAGGCGAGGGGCUCGUCGACGCUUUCUCGUCCCGGUACAAAGUCCUCGGCUUCGACAUCAACACAAAGAGGGUUAACGACUUGCGCCAGCGGUAUCUGGCGAAGCCAAACGUCAAGUUCACGACCGAGGAGACAGAUCUCGGCGUGGCCACCCACUUCCUUGUUGCGGUGCCUACCCUUCUUCUCCCUGACAGGUCCAUCGAUCUCUCCUACCUUCGCAGCGCCUUGUCCAUGGUUGGGAAAUGGGCACGUAGGGGGUCGACCGUUGUGAUAGAGAGCUCAGUCGCUGUCGGUCUCACGAGGGAGCUUCUUGGCCCCAUCGCACGCUCGCGCGGGCUCUUUGCCGGAAUGUCUCCCGAGCGUAUCGACCCAGGCCGCACCGAGCCACCGAUGCAUUCUAUCCCCAAAAUCGUGUCUGGCUUGGACGACGUGACCCCGGGCUCGCUGAGGGUGGUCUCGCGACUGUACGGUCGAGUCUUCGACACUAUUGUCCCGGUAUCGAAGCCCGAGGUAGCCGAAAUGGCCAAGCUUUACGAGAACUGCCAGCGCAUGGUGUGCAUUGCGUACGCCAACGAAAUGGCCGAUGCCUGCGCUUCGCAUGGCAUCAACGCAUACGAGGUCUCUGACGCUGCUGCGACCAAGCCCUUUGGCUACCUACCGUUCGAGCCGAGCCUCGGUGUCGGUGGGCACUGCAUCCCCGUCAACCCGUACUAUCUGUUGUCCAACUGCGAGUUUCCUCUCCUUCAUGCCGCGGCCGACCAGAUGGGCAAGCGACCCGCCAAAAUUGCUCGCCGCGUCGUGGACAGUCUGUUCAACGAGUCCCGGAAGAGGGAACAGGGUCAAGCGGGCGGUGUGAAUACUAUCAUGAAGCGGGUGCUCGUCGUUGGCAUUGGCUUCAAAGCCGGCCAGAGCCACAUUGUUAACUCGCCGGGGCUGGAGCUCGCGAACGAGCUAGCGAAGGAUCGCCGGGUCCACGUCAUGUUUGCUGACCCUCUUGUUCGCCAGAAUGACGUGCCGCACAUCCCACGGCUGGCCGACAAGGACUGGAAGCGCGAGGAGCUAGAGAUGUUUGACAUGAUCGUGGUCUCUCACAGGCAGUGGGGACUAGACUACAAUGUGCUAGGGAGACUUGAUGGGGUGUUUGUCCAAGUUUGGUGUCAGUAA